AUGGCCGGUGGAGGAAUCCCCGGCGACGCCUCUUCAGGCACGGAUACUCCACGCGAGAAAAGCCGCGCGACCGCUGAUACUCUGAAGACCGGCUGCAUUGCCUGGGUCGAGAAAGAUGGGAAGCCGCGGCGCGCGGAAAUCCUCAGUAUCAAAACCACAAAGUCCGGCAAGCAGUUCUACUGUAACUUCGAUAGCUACAAUAAGAGAUUAGACGAAUGGGUUCCUGCGGCUCGAAUCGACUUCGAGCAGGAUGUUGAAUGGCCUCGCCCUGAGCCGGAGAAGACAAAGGAGAGCAAGAAAAAGACAAACGACAAGAAGGUCCCGCAGCCCGCUAAGAAAAGAAAGGCGCCCGUGUCAAAACGAGAGCAGAGUGUUUCCAAAAGGGAGCAGUCCGUCUCCGAAGCUGCGACGCCGCAUCCGUGGACCGAAUUUGUAGAAUCGCAGGAUGGGCGCAAGUCAGCAUCUCUCGGACCUGACGGCGAAGCUACCGGGCGAGACAGUAUCGAGCCUAGCCAGACCCCUGGCGUUGUCGACGAUACCGAAGCCGAGGAUAAGGACGUUGAAGGGGCCAAUGGUCACACUGACGAGUUCAACCGCAAGGAGGAGAUCGAAAAGCUUAGGACGUCCGGGUCGAUGACGCAGAACCCGACAGAGGUUUCACGAAUCCGAAAUAUCUCUAAAGUUCAAUUCGGACGACAUGACUUGUUCCCAUGGUAUUUCUCGCCAUACCCAGAAGCCUUCACGGAAGAGGACUGCGUUUUCAUCUGCGAAAUGUGCUUGGGUUACUACGGCGACCAGAUGGAGUUUGUCCGUCAUAGGAAGAAGUGCCAGCUUUUCCAUCCUCCCGGCAAUGAGAUCUACCGAGACGACUAUGUCUCAUUUUACGAAAUCGACGGCAGGCGACAACGGACUUGGUGUCGCAAUCUGUGCUUGCUAUCCAAGAUGUUCCUCGAUCACAAGACCCUUUACUAUGAUGUCGACCCUUUUCUCUUCUAUGUUAUGACUAACAGGACGGAUAAGGGAGACCACGUCGUGGGGUACUUUUCCAAGGAAAAGGAGAGCGCGGAUGGCUACAAUGUUGCGUAUCUGGGUCUUCUCAGUUACCGUCAAUACUGGUCAGAGAACAUCAUCGACACUCUGCUCGACUACAACGAACGGGGAGACAAAAUCACUAUUGAGACUAUUUCAACAGCUCUCGCAAUGACCACACAAGAUGUGGAGCACACAUUACAAGUCCUCCGCAUGCAAGUUUACCAUCGCGGCGAGCACAAGAUUGUUCUGCCGGAGAAAUUGGUCAAGCAACGGGAGCGUGUCAUGGUCAUGAUGGACUGGACACUCCAGUCUGACGUCAAUCAAUCGCCCGUCAUGGGCGAGCUCGCGGAUUACCUGGCCGCCAACGACGCCAACUUUCGCAAAGCCCGUCUUCCAGCCUUAUACUCUGACUUUAGACCUCAGAGGACACUCAACCCCGACGGCUACCGUGCCAACAUUGCUGCUUGGCAGAGUGCUCUUUCUCUCCUCUCUUCGAAAUCUCUCCUAUCCUCGUCGUCCCCUCUCAUUUUGAGUGUCGACAAAUCGCUUCUUAGAAACCUCGAGAGUCGGCAAUACGGUCAACCCCUCGCGUUAGGAACAGCUAUACGAGAAGGCAUCCAAGGUCGUGAGCUAUAUCCUCUCAACGAUUUCCUGAAACAAGAUCAGAGCGUCUACCAUCAUGGAUGGGGAGAGAUUCCAUGGAACAUUGCGGGGUGGACCUUGAGAAGUUUGGGUAUCGUUGACCCUUCUCGAGGAGAGGACAGGCUACCGACUGGGCAAUAUGUCCUAGUCCAGAACCUAGAGGCUGCAGCGCGAGAGCUGAAGUCGGCACUGGCAGCGGGUUCGUCAGUGUUUGAUCGAGUCUUCACCAAAGCGCAAUUCCGAAAUCAGUUUGCGUCGAAACUUGUGCCCGGCCAUCGACUGGACGAGAAGGACACGGACGUAAUAUUACGAUUCCUGGCUAGGGACACGAACGCAAUAGAAUAUGAUGGCAGCAUUAUUCGAGUCAAGGGGCAAAGUCAGGAGGGACCAAUUACAGAGCAGGACGCCUCGGUUGCCAGCUUGAAGGAGCUCAUGGGACGACUCGAGCAUCAGGUCACUAUAUUGAACGAGCGCGUCGCUGCUUUUGAGCUUACCGCGAAGGAGGCAGUCGGCAGGAACAAUAGAGUGCAGGCGCUUGCGGCUUUGAAGUCGAAAAAGCUUGCCGAAAGCUCGUUGAGCACGCGCUAUGCGACACUCCAUCAGUUGGAAGAGGUCGCGCACAGGAUACAACAGGCAUCCGACAAUGCUGCUUUGGUGAACGUCAUGGAGUCGAGUGCCGGCGUGCUGGAAGGCCUCAACACACAAGUCGGCGGUGUCGAGCUGGUCGAUGCUGCUAUGGGCAAGAUACGCGAUGCGAGCAGCGAGGCAGACGAGGUGGCCGCUAUUCUUGCAGAAGGAGGCCAGGCUGUUGACGAAGCCGAGAUUGACGACGAACUUGAAGCCAUGAUGUCCGAGGAGAAGGAGAAGGAAGACGAGAAGCAGCAGCAAGCAAAGGAGAGGCAGCAAAUGGAGGCGGACAAGGGGGAAGAAGCCAGGGUGAAACAGAAACUGGAAGACUUGCCGGACGUGCCUCGAGAGCGCGAAAAGACACCGACUUCAGAGACAGGAUUGGCGAACUUGUCUAUGGCGGACAAGGAGGCACUCACGGGAAAUUAG